UGCGCCCUCUAUCGACAGUUGUUUUACACAUGGUUCGUGCUGUCUGUCUUUCCAAAUUGUGUAAGCGAAUUUCCUUGAAAUCCCGCAAACAUGAACAAUCCUGCUUCAAAUCUGAGACCAAUUUUUCGUCUUCUUACCUUCGGAAUUAGAUUGUCUAGACAUGCAAAUGAAGUUCAAAUUCCCGCGGCUACAAGGAUAAGACUUCACCAUUCAUCAAGACCAGUUAUCAACCCACCAAAAGUUACAGCAUGUACAAGACAGUACAGCAGUGGAGCUAUCCCAGCCCCUAGCAGGGACAAUGAACCCAAACAAUAUCCUGAAAAGAUCUCAUCACUUGUUGAUCAGAUAGCUGCAUUGACAUUAUCAGAAGUCAGCGAUCUGAAUGAGUUACUAAAGAAAACUUUGAACAUCCAGGAUGCCCCCAUGAUGGCCGUUGGAGCAGCCCCAGCAGUAGCAGCUGCACCAGCAGAACAGGACGAUGAUGAGGGGGAUGUGGUCAAGGCUCCAGAGAAGACACAGUUUACAGUGAAACUAAACAAGUUUGAUGAAGCCAGUAAAGUGAAACUAAUCAAAGCAAUUAAAGCUCUCACAUCAGGGAUGAAUCUGGUACAGGCCAAAAAGUUUGUGGAGUCGGCCCCACAGGUCGUCAAAGCCGAUGUCGGGAAGACGGAAGCCGAAGAGAUCAAGAAACAGUUGGAAGAAGCAGGGGGCACCUGCGAGAUUGAAUGAUAGAAUUGGACAAAGAUGGAAUACCAAAGAGUAACUGAUGCAUCAGCCAGCUUGAAUCCUCAGAAAAGGGGUGUCUUAUCAUGCAACGUCACUCUUUAGCGCGAGUUUUGAUGCACAUAUUCAGUUUGUGGAAAGGCCUUGAAUUCAGACAGCAAGAAGGCCACCAUAGGGCACAUAUCAAUAUAACAGAACAAAUGAGAAAAGAAAAUCAGCACACAAGAUAUCCAUCGACAGUGAGACAAGCACUUAUUCCAGGGAAUGGGGAAUCCUCGGACUUGGUUCACUCCAAGCGUUGCAAGGAUGCGGACCUUGGAUUCUCACCUUCAUGUACUUCAUUUAGCGGUUUUCUUCUUGCAACUGUUGGGGUCAACCUACACGGUACCAAAGACAAUUGUGACUGGAUUCUCACAUUGACUUAUGCAUAUUAACCGAUUGACCACCAUAUUUUGUAAUUCAGGUAGGCUUUGUACAGGGAUUAUCUGUUACCAGUAGUCAAUGGGUUUACAUGAAGGAAACCAACAAAUGAAGUGAUACCUUCAGAAAUUAACCCUGGGUCCCGGAAGGCAAGAUUAGUUUGUUUUCAGACAGGAUGCAGUGAUGCAGGGAAAACCCAAAAGGAAUCCAUCGCAAACACUGAGUCAAGUACAUCUGUAAGAUUUAAGACAGAAAUAUCAAAUAUAAUUUAUUGGACCGGUGGCACAGAAAUGUUGGUAGAGCCAGCAGUGUGCUUCAUGUCACAACAUUUUGUGACUUAUAUCGUUUGACUUCACAUCUGAAAGAUGUGACUGGGCCGACCGUUUGCACUCCGUUAGUGCUACCAACCAUCCUGUGUGGCCAGUCCAUGUCUCUAGUGCUGUAUAUGAAAAAAAGAAACCAUUGAUUUUUCUCGUUCAGGAAAGUUGUUGUGUGUGCCCUCCUUGAACCUCCAUCAACUACUUGUUUAUGUACAGUUUGGCCCGAAAGUUUAUGUUCACUUGCUUAAAGCACAAACUCCUCCUUUAAGAUAUUGCUUUGCCUGUGGGAGGAUGCGUUGUCUUCAAAAUAGUUUUAAUUUACACUCAAAGACAUUCAUAUUUAUGACUUUUGAUAAAUAUUUUUUUCCUCUCCAAGUGUAUAUGAACUUUCAGGCCUAACUUGAUAUGAAUGAAUAGCAUGAAUCAGGCUCCUUUUGUAAAUUAAAAAAAUAAA